AGCAAAUUUUUUUCGAAUGAGAAUCUUAUAGUUCUGUGAAAAUCUGAGUCCUUCACUUCCACUAAGCAAUGUGUUUGGUGAGCUACAUUGUUACCCACUUCACCAGCCAAUGUGCUAGAUGAGCACCCUUUUCACCGGACGGUGUAUCAUAUGUUGUGAAAUGUGUAUUAAAAUGCAUUUGGGACCACCUGGCACAUCUGAACACUAUUAUCUCUCUGCAUAUUUCAAAAUACACCCCGUUUGAUAUCUGGAUUCAUUAAACCGACUUUUGACCGUGAUCCUUUGCUGCCUUUUUACCCUUCAUUCCUUGGUUUACACCAUCCCCACUAUAAAGUGUUGACGACCCCAACUACUAUGUACACUUCAAAAGAAGGGAAAGAUAUACUUUGGAGAGUUCUGUUAUGUCGUGAUUUGGGUGAAAAAGCCAAACCCUAAUAAAAAAAUCUAAGCCAUUAAGUGCACCUGCAUCGUCAAAUAUUCAUAAUGUUGAGAUGAUUGUUUAUGCCUUCAAAUUUGUCGCAUAUCCAAUAUUAAUGUAUUAACAUCAAGGCGAUCAAUAACACUACAUUUAAAAGAAAUGGGCAUUGAUAAUAUAGAGAAAGUUUACAAAACGCACAGCUUCGAUAUCGUUGUUGGUUGGCAUCUUUAUAAAUCUUCACGACAGCAAUCUAGUGGCGUAGAUUUCAUCCCGAGGCAAAAGAUGCUUUUUAAAAUAUUUUUGUUUACAUUUCUUGAACUGUUCACAACACAACAGAAUGUCAAAUAUGCCUUUUUCGAUGGUACCAAAGACGCCAUUUUACCGUCAUCUACAAUGAAGAAGGUGACAGCCGAGAGCACCAUAAGCUGUGCAUUGCAAUGUUCUCAAACAAAGGAAUGCCGUUCAUGGAACUACUAUAAAACUAGGAACAUUGAAAAUUGUGUACUAAAUUCCCUCAAAGCUCUCAACAGUGACAUACUAGUACGUCAUGACGGCGGGAUCUAUUAUCAGGACGACAAGGAUGAAAUGGAUUGCAAUGAUAUAGAUGGUGCAGGAAUGUUGCCUAUCAAAAUAGCAGGGUUUGGAACAAAAGAAGUUUAUUGUGACAACGGGUGGCUUGUUUUGAUGAGAAGAUAUGACAACUCAAUGAAGUUUAACAGAAGCUGGAAUGAGUAUAAGAUUGGUUUUGGGGAUCCCCGCCUACAGUUCUGGAUGGGCAAUGAGGCCCUUUAUGCGUUAACCAAUCAAGGUGAUUACUCCAUGCUGGUUGAUAUGUUGUCCUGCAACGGCAAUUAUUACUAUGUCAAAUGGAACGUGUUUAGAAUUAAAAAUGAGACAAUGAAAUAUGCUGUUGAUGCCCUUAAUCUCGAGUCCUACAACACAACGAGCACGACUGGACUGCUAGAAAUCCGCGGACGUCCUUUUGGAACCACUGACGACACUUCUGCAUACAGUGGUUACCUUAAUGAAACGUGUGCUGAGCGUCACGGUGGGGGCUGGUGGUUUGGAAGGUGCAUUAGCAAUCACCUAACUGGAUAUUAUCCUGAUUGCAGUAACACAGGUGACAAUGAUGAAAGGAAAGGCAAAAUGAAAUUCACGGCUAUCACAGGAUAUAACUGUAACUUUGGGUGCCUGCUGCAAGCCGCUACGAUGAAAUUACGGCGAAAUAAUUAGAUAUGUAAAGUUCACACGGAUAAUGCGGAAAUCGAAAAAGAAACUUUCGUCUAUAAUAAGGAUGAUGAAAAACAAAUUUGUCAAGGGACAUAAGGGUAUAUUUAAUUGAAGAACGCAACAGGUGAACCGAGAGCAUGUUAAAUUUAAGAACAUUUUUUGUUCACCACAAUGAUCAUGAUGCAUUAUACACUUAUAUCAUAGACAUGGAGGGUACAAACGUAAAUAUCCAGACAUCGCAACACGCACAUUACCACACGGAGUCCGUAGGUACGCCCGCAUAUAUAUCCCUUAGCGUGCUGAGGGAGGCGGCCGCUGUGCAAAGUUGUAAUGUCCUAGUACCAUCUACAUUUUUUCGUGCUUUUACUGUUAGAAAUGCUUGCAAAACCUAGGGCUGCAGGCUGUAGCAAACUGGCACAGUACCACAACAUUUGGCGUUGCAUAGAUCACGUACAAGUAUUGUUCAAUGGAUUACAGUCAUCGUUAUAAUAGCUGUAGCUGCUGUUGAUCUCUUAACCUUUCACAUAUGGUGAUUCUAUGAGACAUAUUAAUUUAUGACGAUAAAAGUGUAAUUUAAUUGUAUGAAUUUGGUGUGUGUUUCUUUAUUCUAGCCACGUAGGAGAAGCAUUAUUGCAUAAUUAGAUGCAGAAAUAACCUUAUAUGCGGCAUCUGGAUGAUAAUAAAUGUUUACUAUAGGCCUAUCCUGAAUGCAAGCUAUGUUUGAUUUGUUACACGCGCAUGGGCUCUUUUGUCUAACAAUGUCUUUUCAUAUUAUUUAUAUUUAUCAAUUUUUCGCAUAACUGAUUGAUUUUACGGAAAUACAGAGUUAACGAAAUGAGAUAUAUUUAAUGCUUUAGCUGUUAUUUGUGCGUUAAUGAAUUUAAUCAUUGUCAUCCCCUUGUAAAAAUGAGAGAACUGAUCUAGGGCCCCUUAAUUUGAUUGAUUGUUUUACGUUUUAAUGUAUUUGUUAUCUGACAUUGCACACAUUUAAAAACAUUUUCGACAAAGAUAAAUUUGCAACCCAUAAAUAGGUUAAUACAAAGACGAAAGGCAGAGUCAGUUGAAAUGGCUAACUGAUGCAAAUAAAAACCAUUGAUGCAUAUCAAGUAUCAAGGUAAAAUUCCAUCAUAGUAAUUAAAAAUCAAAAUUUCAAGAUAAGAAAUUGGAAGUUUUAAAUGCUAGCUUUUAAAACUUUUUGCACUCGUUAUUAAAUAAUCCAUUGAUAUUUUAAUUUUGAUUUUGGUCUUUUGAAUGUCUCAGAUACACGUAUUAAUAUUUGGCAGUUUAUAUUCAUUUUAGAAGGUUAUACAUGCUAUGAUUAGGGCCAUUACUUAUUUUUGUGGACAACUUUUUGCGUGUAUUGAACCG